AUGGUGGAUUCGCUAUUUAUUUACAUGGCGGAAUUUGCAAGCAGAAAAACUGAAUUGUGGGGGGGGCAAAUUGAUGUUCUUUCUUCCUAGAUUAGAUAUUAGAAUGAAUUAGAAAUACACAUUAGGAAUUUAUGAACAGGCACUGUUCACAAAAAACAGUUUUAGUUGUUUCUUAAAGUUUAUACAGAAGGAAAUUACUAUAAUUCAUAAUUUAUGCUAUUUCAAAUAUUUAAUGGGGAAUAUGUCCAUUAUUUACCUUAACACUUAACAAAUAUUUAAAAUACUUAGAAAUAUAUUUGGCUGAACUAACAUUUAUUCCACAGGCUCAUCAUUCUCCAAUAUUAGGAUUUUAUUUCCUGUGUACAUAAAUUCUACAUCAAACAAUUGCAUAACAUCGUGACUAUAAGCUCACACACACGUGACGUUCAGUAAAGUAUAAAAGCAGAGCUGUUUCUGGAACUUCACAAAAUCUUCCUCUGAGAUUCUACAGGUGACAACCAAACCAAGGUUCAUUUCAGGUUCAUCAUGGCAGUGCUGAGAAGUCUAAUGCUUCUUUUCAUCAUCUUCUCCAUGGGGAAUGCAGAAGUUGAUUUAGUCAUGAAAUGCCCCGCUGGAUGGUCAAGUUUUGGACUCCGGUGCUUCAAGUACUUCUCUCCGUCAGUUAACUGGAUCACAGCAGAGAGAAACUGCCAAGGUCUUGGUGCGAAUCUCGCAUCUGUGCAUAAUAAACUGGAAAAUGAGUUUCUGCUGGGUCUGUUGCCUACUUCUUCCUCACGUACUUGGAUUGGUGCUCAUGAUGCUGUAAAAGAUGGGCAGUGGUUGUGGAGUGAUGGAUCUGUGUAUGACUUUACCAACUGGUGCGCUGGAGAACCUAAUGGUUCUGGUAACGAGAACUGUAUGGAGAUCAACUUGUCCUCUAACCGUUGCUGGAACGAUGAGAGCUGUUCAAGCCAAAUGGGCUAUAUUUGUGUAACAGAUGCUUGAGAUCAUAUGCAGGCAUGCUGCUCCACAGUUACAUUGAUUUUACACUUUGUGAUCUUUACAAAAAAAUUAUAUUAUAAAAUUAAUCUUCAUGUGAAUCUUUUCUAAGCUUUACUCUCUUCUGAAACACUCCUCUAAUCAAUAAAAGCAUUAAUA